AUGACGCAAAAACGUCAUCGAGAACCAGACCGCGGAAGUGAAACAACUGAGCGUUUCAUUGGUCUGCGGAGCCUUUCUUUCACUUUCACUUCCGCUUCCACAUUACGCCACGCCGCCUGCUGUGCUGGAACUCGACGACACUACCAAACACACAGUGAAGGUUUGACAAAGAAGAGGCAGGACUACCUGGAGUGGCCUGAGUAUUUCAUGGCUGUUGCCUUCUUAUCAGCGCAGCGGAGCAAGGACCCCAGUUCUCAGCUUCUUUUGAUCAAAGGACACAGGCCUCUUAUCCGCUCCAUGUACCUGUGUCACGCAGAGCUGAACGCCAUUAUGAAUAAGAACUCUGCAGAUGUCAAGGGUUGCACCAUGUAUGUAGCGCUAUUCCCCUGCAACGAGUGCACCAAACUCAUUAUUCAAGCAGGUAUAAAAGAUGUGAUCUAUUUGUCAGACAAAUACCAUGACACUCCAGAAAUGACUGCCUCCAGACGGCUUCUUAACUUGGCGGGCAUCACGUACAAGUGA